GCUACAAAAGUAGUCGUGGAGAUAGUAGUAUGCUGUUUCAAAAUGGCGACUCUCGACGUGGAAGACGAAAACAUUCUGACAUCUAUUUUCAAGGAUGCAUUUCCAGACAGUUGGCAAGACAACCCAGACUUCGUGCAGUAUCUGGUUGAGCUCAGCUCAUGUGGUGUGGAGCGUCUCAGUCGAGAGCCGGACAGACUUGCGGAGGAGAAGUCCCAGAUCCUGUCCGAGACACAAGACCUCGCCUUCCACAACUACACAACCUUCAUCCACACAGCGGACUGCUCCAAGGAGAUCUUUGAAGAUUUCCAGAUUAUAGAGAAGCAUGUGGACAACUUGCUGACAAAGUUACCUCCCUUCUCUGACGAAUGUCAGAAUGUCGUGAAGAAGGCCCAGGAGAUCAGCUCCAGUCGGCGAAUGAACACACUGACCUUGCAACGACACACACAGCUGCUUGAGGUGCUAGAGAUGCCCCAGUUGAUGGACACGUGUGUCAGGAACGGCUACUACGAGGAGGCCCUGGAGCUGGCAGCUCAUGUACGGCGCCUCGAGAAGAAGCAUGCCGCCAUCCCAGUCAUCAUGAGCAUCGUGGAGGAGGUGAAGACCUCGACACAGCUGAUGUUGAACCAGCUGAUCCACCAGCUGCGGACCAACCUACAGCUGCCAGCGUGUCUUCUCGUCAUCGGCUUCCUGCGCAGGAUGGACGUCUUCACGGAGGCUGAACUCCGCAUCAAGUUCCUUCAGGCUCGAGACUCCUGGUUCCAGGGAAUCCUAGACACCAUUCCUAAAGAUGACCCGUACACACACAUCACCAAGACCAUUGAGCUGAGUCGGGUACACCUGUUUGACAUCAUCACACAGUAUCGAGCUAUAUUCUCCGAUGAGGACCCACUUCUCACCACGGCCCGAGACGAAACAAUCAAUGAGGCUGCUCUCUUCCACGGCUGGGUGGUACAGAAGGUGUCACAGUUUCUGAGUACACUGGAGAGAGAUCUCCGGGGUGGGGUUGGAGGGAGACUGGAUUCACUACUGGGGCAGUGUAUGUAUUUUGGACUGAGCUUUAGCCGAGUUGGCGCUGACUUCCGUGGUCUCUUGCCACCCAUUUUCAAGAGAGCUGCACUGCUGAACUUCAAGGCUGGCCUGAAGGAGGCCAACACAAGGUUUGAGGAGAACAUGCAGUCCUACAACCUGUUGGGAGUUACGUCCUCCAGCAGCAUCAGCAGCUACAGCAGUGGUUCACAGCUGGGCACUGUCUACCCUCCGACUGUACUGCUGGAGUUCUACCCACUGGCUGCCUACUGUAACCACGUCCUCACUGCCUUCAAUGACCUCCGACUCUGUGCUCCGGUCAACCUCGCUUGUGAAAUUGCCGAUAGUCUCCAGCAGUCAUUACUUGAGGUCAACAGGGUCAUCCUUGCCUUCUUCAGGGCAGAAGAGACGACCUUCAACUUGAAGGAGAGUGAGCAGUUUGGUCAGUUCUGUGCCACGUACAUCACGGACCUCCUGCCCUACCUCAACAAGUGCCUGCAGGUGCUCUUCCCUGCUUCUCAGCUCGCUCAGGCACUGGGUGUGUCUGUCACAGAGCUCCAUAAACUGGGCAGUGUUGGCCAGGUCGACCUGAAGGCUGUACUGAAACAGGUCAACCAUCUCAUACCUGUUGUCAAGGAAACGCCAACACAGAUCUCAAGUUCCAUAGCAACAUCUCACAUUCCAUCCUCUCUAGUGGUUCCCAAAUCUUCAGAUACAGAUACACUUAGUACAACAACUGUUCCAGAUACCGAGACUACUGGUACAACAACUGCUCCCAAAUCGCCAGACGCAGAUACUACCAGUAAAACAACUGUUCCAGAUACCAAUACUACUGGUACAACAACUGCUCCCAAAUCUCCAGAUUCAAAUACUACUGAUCCAACGACUGAUCCCAAUUCUCCAUACAGAGAUACUACUGGUACAACGACUGAUCCCAGAUCUCCAGAUACAACAGCUGUUGUUCCUAGUGGUGAUGGAAGUGCAGCACAUUCUGAUCUUUCUACUAUGACAACUCCUGCUGAUGUUCCGGAAGAUCCAGUUGCUGCAAGUCCAGCUACUCCUGUUGGUACGGAGGCUGCUUUGUCUGGGGAUGGAUGGUCCAAUUCAUGGGGGGACAACGACUUCAGCAUUGACCUUGAUACAGUCCAGCUGACCAGUGGAACUCCUGCGAGUAUUGAUACUGAGCUGGCCUCAAGUUUAGUUGACACUGUGCUACAAGGGGGGACAACCGCCGUGGGGAAAACUGGAGAUGUGAAGAAACAAGACUGAUUGUGUGACCUUGGUUACUGCAAAAAUAUAUAAUGUUUCAACAUUCAAGCACAUACCAACAGAACACGUAUGAUAGCAGUGUCUUUGUAGAUUGACGUUUGGGUAAAUGACUUCCUGUUCCUGGUUA